AAGUCCCAUCACUGGCCGGCACACUGUUCGAGGAGGACCGCCCCUUUCGCGCAGAGAGGACAGGAAAUCUGAAACAUUACGCACAGAAAGAGGAAUCGGCUCGCCCCUCCCGCUGUCCUGCCUGGAGCGAGACAAACGUACUUGUUUUACCACAGAAACUUGUACGAUGACAGCGGCAUGUCUCCAGACCAGCGCUGCGCAGCCUUCGGGAAUGGCGAAGGCUAUGUCCGCACUAUUUUACGCGGCGAGCUCGUUCCUGAUAACCGUGGUGAACAAGACCGUGCUGACCAGCUACAGGUUUCCUUCUUACGCGUGUCUGGGAAUUGGACAGAUGGUAGCAACUAUUGUCAUUCUAUAUGUUGCCAAAAAGAGCAACACUGUCCAAUUUCAGGACUUGGACAGAAGUGUUUUCCAUAAGAUAUUUCCUCUUCCAUUGUUGUACACGGGGAACCACAUAACAGGCCUGGGGAGCACGAAAAAACUCAGUUUGCCGAUGUUUACAGUGUUGAGGAAGUUUACUAUAUUGAUGACGAUGGUUUUAGAAGUGUAUUUAUUAAGGAAAACCUUCUCCAAAGCGCUGGUGUACAGUGUGCUCAUUAUAGUCACUGGAGCUCUGAUUGCAGCUAGCUCAGACUUGGCUUUUGAGGUGGAGGGAUACGUCUUCAUCCUGCUCAACGAUGCUUUCACUGCUGCUUACGGCGUGUACACCAAGAAAAAACUUGGGGUGGAGGGACUUGGCAAAUAUGGUGUCCUGUUUUAUAAUGCGCUGAUAAUCAUCAUCCCCAUUACCAUCGUGUGUGCGUAUACAGGAGACUUGGACAAGGCACUCACAUUUCAAGACUGGACAAAAGUGCCAUUUCUAUUGUGUUUCAUCAUGUCAUGCAUUAUGGGGUUUGUACUAAUGUAUUCCAUAGUCCUCUGCAGUCAUUAUAACUCUGCAUUAACGACCACAGUAGUAGGAGCCAUAAAGAAUGUAGCAGUGGCCUACAUUGGGAUCUUUGUGGGAGGAGAUUAUGUGUUCUCUUGGACAAACUUUGUAGGCCUCACCAUUUGCAUGUCUGGAGGACUUUUCUACUCUUAUCUGAGCUUCAACACAACACCAGAAAGAACUAUAGAAGAAGUGAAAACUGAUGCAACAGAAAACCCUCCAGAGACACAUCCAGCCAAAGAUUAGGAGGGAUUUAUGCCACUAGGUGGUGCUAUUUUUCUCCAUACUGGAGCCACAUUAAUGUACAGUAUUAGUAUUUUUUUUAACAAGUUAUUUGUAAAUUAUUCAAAAUACUUGUUAUGUUUAAGUAAAAAAAAGGUUUACACUCUGAG